AUGAUGCAAAACUUCAUAUACAUCAUAGCCGAUGCCAAAACAAGGGAGGCCUAUGUGGUAGACAUCUGUUGGGACGUCCCGGGUGUCUUAAAGUGUAUAGAACAAUUAAAACUCAAGCUGGUGGGCGCUAUCAUCACACACUACCAUUUUGAUCACACAGGGGGUAAACCGCCACCGCCCUAUGAAAAAUAUCCCGUUACAGUUGAUGGCAUUCACACGCUCACGCGCAAAUUUAAGAAUUUAAAGGUCUAUGCUGGUCCCGGCGACGCUACGACAUUAAAAGAGGUGAAUGGAGUCGCCGGGGAGCAGAUUGUGGAAACCACCGACAAUCAGGAAAUCCAAUUGGGCGAUACCACAAUGAAGUUCAUCCACACACCGGGACACACCCCAGGCUCACAGUGCAUCCUGGUCAAUGGGUGUCGCCUGCUGUCGGGCGAUACGGUUUUUAUUGGAGGCUGUGGCAGGCUGGACUUCCCAGACUGCAACGGCACACACAUGUUUGAGACGAUGCAGAAGCUGAAAAGGUUACCUGAUGAGAUAGUCGUAUACCCAGGCCAUAAAUAUGGGGGUACGUUCUCGACGAUAGCAUACGAGAAACAGUAUGGUGCCAUCCGACCGCUAGACAGACUAACAUGGACGCAAACGUACAACCCUGCGCCGCCACCCGAAUCACAAUGAGUAGCUCAAUGGCGUAUAAAUUAGUUAAGCA